AUUUAUGCUGAUUUGGACCCACAAAUCCCAACAUCACUUUUAAGAAUUACUAAAACGAAAUGAUAUCGACCUACAUUUUCCGCAUAUGCAAUUCCGAUAACUUUUUAACUAUUGAAUAUUUUGUGAAAGGUGCUAAUUAGAAGGAAUUUGAAAAAAAUAAAACCAAAGUAAAAGUUUGGAAAAAAUAUAUUUGGACUUCUAUAUCGCGUUAUUACAUAAUUUAAGGAUUCGCAUCAUCCCCAAUAUGAAAAUUUGAACCAUUCUAGCUUUUUAAUCACGUUUCACGCUUAAAACUACUGUAAAACGCGCUACGAAGGAGACAAGAGCUUUCUGAUGCAUUCAUUGAGCUGGACGACGAGAGUAAUCUCGCGAGCGUUACGUAGUAGCUUCUCUACGCUACUAGAGACAGCUAGCAAUGCAACAGCGAAUGUAAAUAGUGCCUCGAAACAACGCCCGCACUUUGUAUCUGUUGUGUGUGGCUUUCCUAAAGACUUUCUAACUUCCAAAUACAAGCCAGGCAAAUACGGCGAAGAUUCAUGGUUUAAGACGUCAACCACCAACGCAGAUGUGCUAGGUGUAGCUGACGGCGUCGGCGGUUGGCGCAAUUACGGCAUCGAUCCCGGUGAAUUUAGUUCUUUUCUGAUGAAAACUUGCGAGCGUCUAGUCCAUUGUGUUAAUUUUAAUCCCCAACGACCUGUUAAUCUCUUAGCCUAUAGUUAUUGCGAGUUGCUAGAACAAAAAAAACCUAUUUUAGGCAGCAGCACCGCUUGUGUGCUCGUGCUGAAUCGAGAGAAUAGCACCGUCUAUACCGCUAAUAUCGGCGAUAGCGGUUUUAUGGUUGUUCGAAAGGGUGAAAUCAUCCACAAGUCCGAAGAACAGCAACAUUACUUCAAUACACCAUUUCAGUUAUCGCUACCGCCCCCGGGACAUGGCCAUAAUGUGCUAAGCGACAGUCCGGAUUCGGCGGAUACUCUUAGCUUUUCCGUGAAAGAAGGCGACGUUAUAUUGGUGGCCACAGAUGGCGUCUUUGAUAAUGUCCCCGAGCGUUUGUUGCUUGAUGUACUCAAAGAGUGCGAAGGUGUAACCGAUCCUGUGAAGCUGCAGAUGACCGCCAACUCAUUGGCUUUAAUGGCGCGCUCAUUGUCAUUCGACAGCGAAUUCAUGUCGCCAUUCGCCAUAAAUGCCAGGCGCAAUAACAUUAAUGCAACAGGCGGCAAACCUGACGACAUAACUGUGGUACUCGCUACUGUAGCAAUGUGAAAUUAAUUAAGUUAUUUUUAGGUUUAAUUUAUAAAACGUGUAAACAGUUUGUUUGUUUCGCGCAUUUUUAAAUACAAGCGCUGUGCAGCGGUGCUGCUUUCGUGCUGUGGUGUGAUGCUGACAGCUUUUGAGUUCACUGCCACUGAAGCAGUUGAUCCAUCAGUCAGUCGAAUAUUUGGCCAGUAGCGUAAAUUUCAGGAAUAGAAUUGUGACAGAUUUUGCUCGUGUGUGCUUCACUUUGUACAGCAUAACAAAUUGAACGCUUGCGAUGCUAAAUAAUUAUUAUUACUAAUUAUACGCCCUCUUUUGUCAAAUAGUUAUUAGGUAGUUAGUUUUUUUUUAGUUUAGUUUAGCUUAUUUGUGAAUUUUCGUUACCGACCUUCCCUAUAUUUUAAUGGCCAUGUUCAUAAAAAAUAAAAUAGAUUUAAAAAGCUUUAUAAAGUGAUAUUUUCAUAAAAUUUGUCGAUUUAUAAAGCAUUUAAAGUCUUCUUUAUUUUUUAUUUAUGAAUCUGGAUGCUAUUUUGUAGUUGGAUAUGUGUUUUCUUAUGCCGAAUUUCCACUAGGCAUUGAAAUGACAAAAUAUGUAUGCCAUUAAAAAAAAAAAAAGUAAAGUCGGAA